AGAAGGAAGGAGAGAAAAUGGCGUCCACGGAUUACAGUACAUACAGCCAAGCUGCAGCCCAGCAGGGCUACAGUGCAUACACCGCCCAACCCACUCAAGGAUAUGCACAGACCACCCAGGCAUAUGGGCAGCAAAGUUAUGGAACCUAUGGACAGCCCACUGAUGUCAGCUAUACCCAAGCUCAGACCACUGCUACCUAUGGGCAGACCGCCUAUGCAACUUCUUAUGGACAGCCUCCUGCUGGUUAUACUACUCCAACUGCCCCCCAGGCAUACAGCCAGCCUGUCCAGGGUUAUGGCACUGGUGCUUACGAUACCACCACUGCUACGGUCACUACCACCCAGGCCUCCUAUGCAGCUCAGUCUGCUUAUGGCACUCAACCUGCUUACCCAGCCUAUGGGCAGCAGCCGGCAGCCACCGCACCUGCAAGACCGCAGGAUGGUAACAAACCCACUGAGACUAGUCAACCUCAAUCUAGCACAGGGGGUUACAACCAGCCCAGCCUAGGAUAUGGACAGAGUAACUACAGUUAUCCCCAGGUACCUGGGAGCUACCCCAUGCAGCCAGUCACGGCACCACCAUCUUAUCCUCCUACCAGCUACUCCUCUACACAGCCGACUAGUUAUGAUCAGAGCAGUUACUCUCAGCAGAACACCUAUGGACAGCAGAGUAGCUAUGGUCAACAAAGCAGCUAUGGGCAGCAGCCGCCCACUAGUUAUCCCCCCCAAACUGGAUCCUACAGCCAGGCUCCAAGUCAAUAUAGCCAACAGAGCAGCAGCUACGGGCAGCAGAGUUCAUUCCGACAGGACCACCCCAGUAGCAUGGAUGUUUAUGGGCAGGAGUCUGGAGGAUUUUCCGGACCAGGAGAAAACCGGAGCAUGAGUGGCCCUGAUAACCGGGGCAGGGGAAGAGGGGGAUUUGAUCGUGGAGGCAUGAGCAGAGGUGGGCGGGGAGGAGGACGCGGUGGAAUGGGCGCUGGAGAGCGAGGUGGCUUCAAUAAGCCUGGUGGACCCAUGGAUGAAGGACCAGAUCUUGAUCUAGGCCCACCUGUAGAUCCAGAUGAAGAUUCUGACAACAGUGCAAUUUAUGUGCAAGGCUUAAAUGACAAUGUGACUUUAGAUGAUCUGGCUGACUUUUUCAAGCAGUGUGGAGUUGUUAAGAUGAACAAGAGAACCGGACAACCCAUGAUUCAUAUCUACUUGGACAAGGAAACAGGAAAGCCCAAAGGGAAAGAUUUUCAAGGGAGCAAACUUAAGGUGUCUCUUGCUCGGAAGAAGCCUCCAAUGAACAGCCUGCGGGGUGGCAUGCCGCCCCGUGAGGGCAGAGGGAUGCCGCCGCCCCUCCGUGCAGGUCCAGGGGGCCCAGGAGGUCCUGGGGGCCCCAUGGGUCGCAUGGGAGGCCGUGGAGGAGACAGAGGUGGCUUUCCCCCAAGAGGGCCCCGGGGUUCUCGAGGGAACCCAUCCGGAGGAGGAAAUGUCCAGCACCGAGCUGGAGACUGGCAGUGCCCCAAUCCGGGUUGUGGAAACCAGAACUUUGCCUGGAGAACAGAAUGCAACCAGUGUAAGGCCCCGAAGCCUGAAGGCUUCCUUCCACCACCCUUUCCACCUCCUGGCGGUGACCGUGGCAGAGGUGGCCCUGGUGGAAUGCGGGGCGGAAGAGGCGGCCUCAUGGACCGCGGUGGUCCCGGUGGGAUGUUCAGAGGUGGCCGUGGUGGAGACAGAGGGCGCUUCCGUGGUGGCCGGGGCAUGGACCGAGGCGGUUUUGGUGGAGGAAGACGGGGUGGCCCCGGCGGACCCCCUGGACCUUUGAUGGAACAGAUGGGAGGAAGAAGAGGCGGGCGCGGAGGACCUGGAAAAAUGGAUAAAGGCGAGCACCGUCAGGAACGCAGAGACCGGCCCUACUAGACGCAGAGACCCCGCAGAGCUGCAUUGACUACCAGAUUUA